AUGACUCCCACAGACGUCCUCAUUGUGGGCGCUGGUCCUUCUGGGCUGGUUAUGGCCUUGUGGCUGGUCAAACAAGGCCUUGCCGUCCGCAUCAUUGACAAAGCGGAGGUAAACAUUGCGACCUCGCGAGCCCUCGUCAUUCAUGCUCGAACCCUGGAACUAUACCGCCAGCUCGAUAUCGCGGAGGAAAUCGUCGCGAGCGGCCACAAGCUGACAGCGACAAACAUCUGGUCAGAAGGCAUCCAUAGGGGACGCAUCCCCAUUGGAGACGCUGGCUCAGGGCUAACACCUUAUCCUUUCAUUCAUAUCCUCUCCCAAGAUCGACAUGAAAAACUCCUGGAGAAACGCCUCAACUCUUUGGGCGUCCAUGUGGAACGAUAUCGAGAACUGUUGGAUUUCACAGAACACGACACCCACGUCACUGCACGGAUCAAAGUCACAGAAGAAAAAGACCUGGGCCGCACUCCUGCUAGUAAUGACAAGAUUGAGACCUGCGAAGCUACCUUUAUUGCCGGCUGUGAUGGAGCCCAUUCAGCCGUUCGUCAUACAUGUGGAAUUGGAUUCGAUGGCGCCAUGUACUCUCACGUCUUCUUCGUUGCGGAUAUCGAAGGCACUGGCCCGUCCGUCAACGGAGAUGCUCAUGUCACCUUCAACCACAAAGAUUUUAUUCUUUUGUUCCCGUAUGAUAACAACAGUCGCGUUCGUAUUUCUGGAGCCGUGAGCGAAGAAAUAGCCAAGAAAGAGACAUCCGAAAUCAAGUUCGAGGAUAUCGAUCGCAAUGCGAUCAAGACUUUACACCUAGACGUUGGAAAGGUGAACUGGUUUACUGCCUACCGAGUUCAUCACCGCGUCGCCGCCGCUUUUCGCAAAGGAAGAGCAUUUCUUAUCGGCGACGCCGCUCAUAUCCACAGCCCUGUGGGAGGACAGGGUAUGAACACGGGCAUUGGAGACGCGAUUAAUCUAGCGUGGAAAUUGGCAGCAGUGAUUCGAGGCCAGGCGGAUUUAUCCCUAUUGGACACCUAUGAAGCAGAACGCCGCGCCUUUGCGACUACCCUUGUCGAGACCACAGAUAGUGGGUUCAAUGUUGCCGUAUCGCAAAGCUACUUGGCCCGGUUUAUGCGAACGUGGUUCAUCCCUUACGUUGCACCUUGGCUAGUGAAAAUCGAAACGCUCAGACACCGGGUUUUCGAACGGACUUCCCAGCUUGGGCUCAAUUACCGGAAUAUGGCAUUAUCUGCCGGAUCUGCUGGUUAUGUCCAGGGUGGUGAUCGUGUUCCAUGGGCACCCAUCGGCGAUGUGGAUAACUUUGAAAGUCUCAAAGCAAUUUCAUGGCAGGUCCACGUUUACGGCACAGCAAGACAAGAGCUGGAUGAUUGGUGUCAGGCGAAGAAGAUCCCUCUGCAAGUUUUCUCCUGGGAUAAUAAAUAUCACUCAGUCGGGCUCAAGAGUGAUGCUGCGUACUUGAUCCGGCCGGACAGUUAUGUUGCAGUUGCAGAGCCCUCAGGCCUUCCCCAGAGAUUCGACCGGUUUUUCCACGAUAUCGACCUUAGAUUAGCUUGA